AUGCGUCUCAACGCCGCAUCUCUUUUGAGCUUCCUCGCUCUGUCUCAGGCCAUCGAGGCUAGCCCUCUUCGCCUGAUCAAAAGACAAGACAUUUCCUCGUCGAGUGAAGCGUCUGCUACUGGUGUAGAGAACCUUCAUCGAGGAGACCACGGGAAUGGCGAUGAUCAGGGUGCGGAUGACGAUUCAGAUACCGCCCCUGCCCUCAUCGACCCUGACGCCGUCGCGCCAACGGGGUCCGAUGAAGCCACGCUUACCAGCACAGAUGCGCAAGCUACUGCUUCUGGAGAGCCUACGGAGCCUGCGGAUGAGCCCAUCUCAUCCUCAGCUGGCGCAGUCAUCCCUAGCGACAUUUUCGGCGAACCUCUGCCUACUGACAUUGUUGAAGAGCCUCUUCCCACCACAGCCGAGGAUGAUGUGACCACGUCGGAUGUCACAAACUCCAACGAAAGCACGCAGACAGCCGAUGAAUCGUCCGCAACGGAUGCCCCAGCUCAGGAUGUGCGUGUUACCUCGGGUGAGGGAGCCACUGCUACCGAGACAGGCUCUGGAGUCGAGGAGACGGAGGCCAGCACCGGAAGCGACGAGCCUACUAUUUCCACUGAGCUCUCGGAAGAAACGGGUACUGCCACCGAUGUUGAGGCAUCCCAAGCCCCCACUGCUUCCGCCUCUGAGUCUACCGAGGCCCCUGAGGACGUCGCCACGGUUUCCGAGACCGAUUCUCCCACCGAGACCUCCAACACCACCGACGAGCCGUCUACUAUCGUGGAUCCUUCCGAGACUAUUUCCACAGUCGAAGCUACCGCGACCGAAGACCCUGCUUCCACCAUUACCGAAGAUCCUACCGCUACCGCCGUGGAAUCAGAUUCGGAGACCCAAACCCAAGAUAUUAGCACCGAGCCAGCUGACGAUGAAUCUACCGGUCCUGUCCCCACAGAGACUGCGACUGAGUCGUCUUCUGCUGCUGCCGAGCCUGCCGACCUCUUCACGUCCGAGAUCAUUCCCACUGGUACCGUAAACCUCGAGGUUCCUACCAUUGAAACCGCCUUCCCCACCGCGACCACCGUGGUCUCCGAUGAGAUUUUGGCGGAGAACGAGGAGAAGGCAAAGAACUUGAACGAGAUCUAUGCUGGCAUCAAGCCCGACUCGUCUUGCACCGCGAACCAAAUCGCUUGCAUUGAGGGCAACCUGGGCAUUUGCGGCGAGGCCGGUGCCUUCCAGAUCAGCGCCUGCCAAGCCGGCACCCGUUGCCUCGCCCUUCCCAUGACCAACACCGAGGGCGUCAAGGUCGGUUGCUUCGAAGAUCCCCUCGCUGGCGACCUGCCCGAAACCUCGAGUGCCGGAGAAGUCACCGUUUCCGUGACCGUCCAACCCACUAUUACUGUCACCGCAAUCGUCACUGCCCCGGCGGCCCCGGCUCCUCUCUUCCCCACCGACGGGCUCCAGUUCUCGUCCUUCAUCUCCACCGUCCUGAUCCCCGCCCCUUCGUCCGUGGUAGAAGAGCCCGUCCCCGAAGAGCCCACCGAGGCUCCCGAACCCACUGAGGUUCCCGAACCCACUGAGGCUCCCGAGCCCACUCCCGCGCCCGAGGCUCCUCUGCCGUCCGAUAUCCUCGAUGUCAUCGACAUCCCCCUGAGCAUCCCCAUCGACCUCGGCUUUCUGAGCCCUGGAAACCAGGAGGCUGAGGGUGUGGAGGGCGCUGCUACUCCCACCACCGUCUUCAUCACCGUCACUGUUCGCGAACAGGAGACCGAGACGGUUACGGCCACGGCCACCGUCACUCGAGACUAG